AUGCCUCUCAACCAUCCAAUAUACCACAAGGAUGAAACUGUGUUAUGCUUUCAUCAUGAUAUCCUCUAUGAAGCAAAGAUAAUAGCACUCAGACUGAGUGACCCAGAAGAUCGAAAAAGCCCUUACGAAUAUCGAGUUCACUACAAGGGUUGGAAACAUACAUGGGACGACUGGGUGUUUCAAGAUCGACUUCGAAAGGCUACAGAAGACAAUAAAGAGCUUGCUGCGACCCUAAGACGUGAGGCAGAAGCUGCUUCUCGCAAGAAAUCCAAAAAGAAGAAACCUGCGGCGUCGGACCCUGGUUCCAACAUAGGCAGUGAUGAUAGACAAUCAUCUAUUCCUGCCAGGGGAACAAAGCGCGGAAGAGACACGGAGAUCGAAAAGGAGGAUGAAUUCAAUGCACGACCAUCUAUUCGCAUAGUUAUACCUGAUAAUCUCAAAGCACUCCUCGUAGAUGACUGGGAAUACGUUACCAAAAAUAACCAACUUGUUCCGCUUCCAGCGAAGGCACCUGUUUCGACAAUACUUGAUCAAUACUUUGAAGAAGAAAAGCCCAAAAGGGCUAGCCCUUCAGAUGUUGAUGUGUUAGAGGAGGUAGUAGCAGGAAUCAGGGAGUACUUUGAGAAGUCGCUUUCGAAGAUUUUACUUUACCAGUUUGAGAGACAGCAGUACCAGAUCAUAACAUCCCUACCCGAGCUCAUUGCACAAACUGGCUUAAGCCAGCAGGCUACACAGCGGUUACGUGAAGAGUUGUCGAAGUUCUCUAUGUGGCUUAGCAAACAUUCAGAACGUUACUUUUCUGCCAAGUAUGACUCUCCUAGCAAAGAGUAUAUCGACAAGGCCAAGGGUGUGAAUAGUCAGGAUGUACCUGGUACAGUAACUGCUCGUCUCUUUGAAAUGGACAAGCAGGAGAAAUCUGAUUAG